AUGGCUCAACAUUGGUAUAGUCGCCUACCCCUGAAUUCUAUUUCUUGUUUUGCUGACUUGAGCAGGGCUUUCAUAGGGCAGUUUGUUCGAAGCAAAACGCACGCUAAGAGCUCUGCCUCUUUAAUGAAUCUACAUCAAGGUAAGAACAAAUCGCUCCGAGAGUAUAUGAAUCGUUUUACCAAAGAAGCCUUGAAGGUCCCAGACCUAGAUAAAAAGAUAGCCAUGAUUGCACUCCAGCAGGGUACCACUGAUGACAACUUUCGUCGAUCUUUAGCCAAGAGGGCGCCUGAUAAUAUGAAUGACUUGCAAGAGAGAGCUGGGAAGUAUAUUAAGGCGGAGGAAAGCCUAAGAAAAUCCCAGAAUAACCAAGGACCAAACACCAACUUCAAGAAACGUGGGAGCGACGCCGAGUAUAACGCUGAGAACAAAUAUGCCAAGAAGGAUGAUGAUGAGAAGUCGCCUGCUAAAAAGAAGCUAGGACCGAGGUUCACAGAAUAUGCCAGGCUUAAUGCCCCAAGAAGUCAAAUCCUGAUGGAGAUCGAAAAGGAUGAGAGUGUUCGAUGGCUGAAGCCUAUAAGGACCGACCCGGAGAAACAAAACAAAGAUUUGUAUUGUCGAUUCCACAAGGACACAGGACAUAAGACCGAUGAUUGCUGGCAGCUGAAGGAUGAAAUCGGAUUCUUGAUCCGAAGAGGCAGGUUGUCUAAAUUUACCAAGGAUGGAGACAAGAAUCAUCGAGACAAUGACAGUCGUGGAAGAGACAACGAUGAUAAAAGAACCCAGCCUCGAGGGCCUGUGAUUAACGUGAUCUCCGGAGGACCUACGGCUGCAGGCACUUCUAGUAAUUCAAGGAAAGCUUAUGCAAGAGAAGUGAUGAGCAUAGUUGGAGAACCUCCGAAGCGGGCUAAAAUUGAUUAUGCUAUGGCAUUUGAUAACAUUGACCUUGAGAAGGUAAAAUUCCCUCAUGAUGAUCCUUUGGUAAUUACGCCAGUGAUUGGAAACUCGUCUGUAAAAAGAGUCCUCGUUGAUAAUGGAGCCUCGGUGGAUAUCUUGUUCUAUGACGCAUAUGAAAAGAUGGGGUAUUCUGAUACUCAACUGACACCCUCAGAUAUGCCCAUAUAUGGCUUCAACAAUGGAGAAACAAAAAUCGAAGGCAUGAUCCAGCUUCCUGUAACUAUGGGCACCGAGCCUAGACAGGCCACGUGUAUGCUGAAUUUCUUGGUUGUUAAGGCCUCGUCAACCUAUAACGCUAACCUUGGAAGGACUGGGAUACACACUUUCAAAGCAAUUCCAUCCACCUACCACAUGAAGAUUAAAUUCCCAACCAGGAAUGGGAUCGGAGAAGAAUUGGGGGAUCAGAAAAUGGCUCGAAGUUGUUAUGUCGGAGCCCUGAAAUCCGGAGGAACUGGGGGGCAAGUGCUACCCAUAGAGGACCUUGAUGUUCGAGAGGAGGAAGAAAGAAGAGACAAGCCUGCCGAGGACUUGAUUCCAAUUCCAUUAUAUAUUGAGGAACCCGAAAAGGUCACCUAUGUUGGAGCAUUACUCCAGGAAGACUUGAAGCAAGAACUAGUGAAAUUUUUGAGGAACAAUCGUGAUGUUUUUUCUUGGACAGCGGCCGACAUGCCAGGUAUCGAUCCCUUGUUUAUGACCCAUAAGUUGAAUGUGAACCCCGAGAGGAAACCAAUUAAGCAAAAGAAGAGGAACUUCGUCCCCGAAAGGCAGGAAGCCAUUAAACAGGAGGUUGACAAGUUGUUGGAAGCAGGGUUUAUCGAGGAGAUUCAGUUUCCAUAA